AUGGCGGAGGUUAUCUCCCUCAUGGACAUCGAUGGCGAGAAUGACGACAGCCGGUUCCCGAAACCCAACACCAAGGGCAAAAACGUCGUCGUUUCAGCUGGUCCGGCGGACACCAAGGCCACCCCUUGGGUCGAGAAGUACCGUCCUCAGUCUCUCGAAGACGUCGCUGCGCACCGUGAUAUUGUUGAAACCAUUGAUAGGUUAGCAAAUGGAAACAGAUUACCCCAUUUGCUACUGUAUGGGCCACCAGGGACAGGGAAGACAUCAACUGUCCUUGCAUUGGCUCGUAAGCUUUACGGAAACCAAUUGCACAAUAUGGUCCUGGAGCUUAAUGCUUCAGAUGAUCGUGGGAUUGAUGUUGUGAGGCAGCAAAUUCAGGACUUUGCGAGCACUCAGAGCUUCUCUUUUGGUGCAAAGUCAUCAGUGAAACUGGUUCUAUUGGAUGAGGCAGAUGCCAUGACUAAGGAUGCACAAUUCGCUUUGCGUAGAGUGAUUGAGAAAUACACAAAGAGCACUAGAUUUGCUCUCAUCUGCAAUAAUGUCAACAAGAUCAUUCCCGCAUUGCAAUCGAGAUGUACUCGGUUCCGCUUUGCUCCUCUUGACUAUGUUCAUGUCAUGGAGAGACUUAAGCAUGUCAUUAAAGCUGAAGGACUUGAUGUUCCUGAGAAUGGCAUGAAAGCUCUUGUACGGCUCAGCAAUGGUGACAUGAGAAAGGCUCUAAACAUUUUACAGUCAACACAUAUGGCUUCCCAGCAGAUCACAGAAGAAGCUGUGUACUUGUGCACAGGAAAUCCUUUGCCUAGAGACAUCGAGCAGAUUUGCCAUUGGCUCUUAAAUGAACCUUUUGCCUGUAGCUGCAAAAGAAUCUCCGAAAUCAAGACUCGUAAAGGGUUAGCUCUGCUUGAUAUUGUGAGAGAAAUAACCAUGUUUGUUUUCAAAAUCAAGAUGCCACCAGAGAUUCGGAUUCAGCUGAUUAAUGAAAUGGCUGAUAUAGAGUACAGGUUGACUUUAGCAUGUAACGAUAAGUUGCAACUCGGGUCACUGAUUGCAGCCUUCACACGAGCCAGAGUUGCUCUAGUUGCUGCUGCCAAACAAUGA